GGCGCCACUUCCUCUCGUCAACUUCCCGUGCAGGAUGCCUCCCAAAAAGGAUACAAAGGGAGGGAAGGGUGGCUCUGCUAAGCAGCCCCAGAAGACCCAGAAGAAGAAGGAAGGGUCUGGAGGAGGCAAGGCUAAGAAGAAGAAGUGGUCCAAGGGAAAGGUCCGUGACAAGCUCAACAACUUGGUGUUGUUUGACAAGGCCACUUAUGACAAGCUGUACAAGGAGGUGCCCUCGUACAAGCUGAUCACGCCGUCGGUUGUGAGUGAGCGUCUGAAGGUGCGGGGCUCGCUGGCACGCGCUGCCCUCCAGGAGCUCCACGCCAAAGGUCUGAUCAAGCUGGUCACCAAACACCACGCACAGAUGAUCUACACGCGGUCAACGGUGGUGGAGGACGAGGAGAAAGCCUAAAUGUUCCAUCCCUGUUCAUGCAAAUAAAUAAGUGAAAAAACA